GCUAUUCAGUGACAAUGUGCCAGGUUUCGCACUGUGAAAUUCAGCGGCCAGUGCAGUGGUCUCACACUGGGCCGUCCAGCAGGAGGGAAGCGCUCAGCUUAUUUGUGGCAGGUUUUGUAAAAGGAGUAGAGACUGCAGAAAGAAGUUGAUUAAAAGGCAUGAUAAGACCAAGCCAAAGAACAAGAUGAAGUUUGCACUGAUCCUCAUUGUCAGCCUGACCGCAGUAGGCGCUGAACAGCCAUUAUGCCUGAUCACAGCCCCUAAUGUCGUUCAUCUGGAUGUGGACGAGACGGUGACCGUCCAGCUCGACGGUGCCACCACUGAUGUCGCUGUCAAACUUCACUUUGAGGACGAACUCAGCAAAAAGCAAUUGUCAAACAUGGAGACAGUAUUACUUAACAGGGACAACGAUUACCAGGCCACAGUUAAGCUCAAGGUACAUCUAAGCAACUAUCAGAAUUUGAAAAAAAAUUUCUAUGUCCAAUUGGUGGCAGAAAGUAGUAUAUUUACAAAGAUACGGAAGGCAAACAUAAUCCUGUCCUCCAGGAAAGGAUAUAUCUUCAUCCAGACAGAUAAACCCAUCUACAACCCGGGGGAUAACGUCCAUUUCAGAGUCUUCACAUUGGACCAAUACCUGCUGCCAGUAGAUGAAGCUAUCAAAGUAAGAAUACUGAAUUCCAAAGGCCUGAUGAUCUACAACAACGCUGUGCGAUCCAGGCAGAUCUAUGAGCAUAGAAUAGGAAUACCUGACGUUGAGCAGGCUGGCCACUGGAAAAUAAUUGCUUGGUUUGCACAUUACCCCAUGUCCAAUUCCAGUGUGGAAUUUGAGGUCAAGGAAUACGUUCUUCCAUCAUUUGAAGUGACCAUAAAGGCCCUUAAGCCUUACUACCUGCUCAAGGACCCGGCAUUAAAAUUCAGUGUAUCUGCAAGGUACACUUAUGGAAAAGGUCUCCAAGGCUUAGCCUACAUAAGAUUUGCACUUGUGGAUGAACAAGGCAACAGGACAUAUCUGCCUGGUCUUGAAAUGCAAAAUAAAAUUCUGGAUGGGAACACAGAAAUUACUCUCCACACAGAGGAGCUGCGCCACAAAGCAGAAAUGCAAAGCAUCACAAACAUAGAGGGCUAUCACCUUUACAUUGCAGUGAGCGCGCUUGAGACUGCAACCGGAGAGCUUGAGGAGGCAGAGAGCUUGGUGAAGAUUGUUUCCACGCCUUAUCUGAUCGAUUUGUCAAAAACAAAACAAUAUUUCGUACCUGAGGGCGAGUUCUCCAUCUUGGCUACCACAACCUACCCAGAUGGAACUGUGGUCCCAAACCCCAAAAUGAGGGCCACUGUGGAUGUAACGGGCGUCACUGAUGAGCCCAUCAACCUGGAAGCAGCUGGCAAUGAGGAUGGGGAGGCACAACUGACUUUUAAAGUACCCAAGCAGGCAAAAUCUCUGAACAUAAAGGUGUUUGCUGAAGGGGAGCGUGAGAAAGCUCUCCUCAGCGAUGCCCAAAUGACAGCCAAGGUCAUGACCUCACCGAGCAGCAGUUACCUGAGUGUCGAGGUGCCCCACGUCACCCUGAGGCGGGGCCAGGAUAUCACUGUGGUCUUCAGAGACAUCACUGACUUCAACCGGCCUACACACAUCUACUACAUGAUUUUGAACAAAGGUAAAGUGGUCCAGCUAAGGAAAGUCCAGCGUACAGAGCUGACCACUGUCCGCCUGGCCUUCAGCAAUGACCUUGUCCCCUCCUUCCGCAUUGUGGCCUAUUACUAUAUAAAGCAAAGAGGUAACUGGAUGAUGGUGGCCGACUCAGUUUGGGUGGAUGCUCAGGAUGUCUGCGAAGGCCAGAUAGAAAUUCUGCCCUUCAAGCGCAACUACAAACCGUCGGAGAUCUUGGACGUGAUGGUUCAGACGGACCGUGCAGACAAGGUUGCGCUCGCAGCUGUUGACACUGCAGUGUACAUUUUAAACAAGCAGGACAAGCUGACCUCUCGCAAGAUGUUUCAUUACAUGAACUCUUACGACCUUGCUUGUUCAGUGGGAGGGGGGAAAGACCAUCUGUCAGUUCUCCUCGAUGCCGGCCUUACAUUCAUCAGCGAAAUCCUACCCGAGAGGAGCAUGAGGCGAGACUUUGGUUGUCCGGCAGGGGAGACACGGCAGAAAAGGUCCACUGAAUACUCCAGGCUGGUAGUGGACUUAGUGAACAGCUACAAGGCGCGCGCGGAGAAGCUGUGCUGUAACAAUGGGGUGAAGAUCCACCCCUUGCGGCACUCCUGCGAGACACGGCACGCCCACACCGCCCACCAGUCCCCUGAGUGCCGACGGGCGUUCCUAAGAUGCUGUAAUGAGGCCAAAAAGAAAAGGGACGAGCUCCGCAAGUCAAAGAGGAGACACAGCAUCGCGAGAACUGACAGCAGUGUGCAGGAGGAAGUAGACUACAACAACCUGAACAUCUACCUGCGCAGUUUCUUCCCGCAGACGUGGAUGUGGAUGACUAAGGAUGUAGAUGCUACUGGGGUUCUCAGGCACAGCAUCUCAGUUCCGGACUCCAUCACCACCUGGGAAGUACAAGCAAUCAGCAUGUCCAAAGUGAAAGGGUUCUGCAUAGCUGAGCCAAGGCCACUCACAGUCUUCCAGGACUUUUUUGUGUCUCUGAAACUCCCCUAUUCAGUGAAGCGAAAUGAGCAGCUGGAGAUGAAGGCUGUGCUGUAUAACUACAGGGAGGAGCCCUUGGAGGUGACCGUGUGGAUGGCUUCGGUGGAGGGCUUGUGCAGUGCCGGCAGUGAGAGAGACAUGCAGGCAGUGACGGUUCCCGGGAACUCCGCUGUCUCCGUCUACUUCGUCAUGGUGCCCCUGAUCAUUGGAAACAUUCCCAUCCAAGUGAGCGCGUUCACCUCUGAUGGUGUGGGUGACAUGAUAAAGAAGGACCUCAAAGUGGUGGGGGAAGGAGACCUUGUAUCUCAGCAAUACGAAUACAAUCUUGACGUGAAAGGUGCAAAACAGCUGGAUAUAGAAAUACCAGCCCCUCCGAGUUCGAUCCCAGGCGAGGAAAGGGAGACUUAUGUUAGCAUCAAAGGCGGGACCAUGGGCGAGUCUGCGGGGAACUGCCUGAAUCUGGAAGGAGUGAACAGGCUCAUCCAGCUGCCCACCGGCUGCGCGGAGCAAACCAUGGUGAAAAUGUCACCGGCCAUCCAUGCCAUAAAGUACCUCGACGCCACCAACCUAUGGGUGAACCUGGGGGCAGAACGGCGGGAUGAGGCCCGUGGGAUGAUCCAGAGCGGUUACCAGAGGAUCCUGUCGUUUAAGAAGGACGAUGGUUCUUACGGGGCUUUUCAAAGAACUCCCAGCAGCGUCUGGCUGACUGCAUUCAUAGCCAAAGAGCUGAUUCGAUGCAGGUCCCUUAUAAAUGUGGAGCACAGCUACGUCCUGGAGUCCAUCUCUUACCUGGUGUCAAAGCAGCUGGAGAAUGGGGCGUUCAAGGACCCCAACCCAGUCUAUGAUCGGAACAUGCAGGGUGGAGUCGGUGGGUUCGAGGGAGAUGUGUCCUUGACAUCAUUCGUGUUGGUGACUUUGCAUAACUCUCUACCGAUUUACACCACGGUGCAAGGCGCGGAGAGUACAGUUACGAGGAUGGCGAUGAUAAAGGCGGAGAGGUACCUGUCGGAGAAGCUGGACUCGCUGCAGAGGCCCUUUGCCGUGGCCAUCACAGCCUACGCCCUCAUGCUCUCCAACCCCCAGAGUGCGGCGGCGGAGCGAGCACAGAGCAAGCUACGCUCCAUGGCUGCAUGCGCUGAUAACAUGUGCCACUGGAACGCCAGCGAGGAGCUCCGGCUGAGCGGGGAGAGGAGGGCCGGCGGCGUCCCCCAGGCUGAUUCCAUCUCCAUAGAAACCACGGCAUACGCCCUCUUACAGACACUGCUUGGGGACGACGCACAGUACGCUACGCGCAUCGCCCGGUGGCUCACUAAGCAGCGCCAGUACGGGGGAGGGUUCCGCUCCACACAGGACACUGUUGUGGCUCUGGAAGCCCUCUCCGUUUACAGCACAGAGAGCAAUGACGUACAGCAGCUGGACAUGAACGUGGAGUUCUGCUUUCCAUCAGGGAAGAAGAAGGUUGUGCAUCUUGCUAGCUCAAAUGCCUUAACCGCACCUGCCUUCCAGGUUGAACCUGGAAAUGCGAUCCAAGUCAAUCUGAGAGGAAAAGGAAGGGGUACUUUGUCAGUUGUGCAAACUUUCAGAACAAUGGAGGGAAUCAGCUCCUAUUGUGAUUUUUAUCAUCUGAAUGUCACCCUGGAAAGAGAUUUACAGUAUCAAAACAACGAGGAAUACGACAGUCUGGACGAUUACUAUAACUACGAGGAUGUGGAUUCCAUUGGGGAGCACGAGAAGGUGCAGGACGAGGGCGACCAAGCCCUGAGCAGGAUCGAAUGGUUCGACCUCCGAUCUCGGAGAAAGCGGCACGCCCCCCAGGCCGAGACAAAGGAGAACACUGUCCUGUACACAGUGUGCGCGAGCAGGAAAACAGGAAACUCCACAGGAAUGGCCGUGGUAGAUAUAUCCCUGCUCAGUGGAUUGCAACCGAAUUUAAAACAACUUGGUGAACUCAUAAGUGGAACAGAGAAAUAUAUCGACCAUUACGAUUUGGGGCCAAAUAAGGUGUAUCUCUACUUCAACAAGCUCACAGAGAAUGAAGACUGUGUGGGUUUUGAAGCCAAACAGGUGACGCCCAUUGGUUUGGUGCAGCCAGCCAGGGCUGUCAUCUAUGACUACUACAACCCAGACAGGAGAUGCAGCAUCUUCUACAGCCCCCCCACAAAGAGCACCAUGAUCUCCAGACUAUGUAAAGAUGACGUGUGUGCCUGUGCAGAGGGUUCCUGCCCGAAAAUGAAGGUUACUUACAGUAAGAAUAUGGAGAGGAGCACUCGAAUCAGCUACGCCUGUUUCGCUCCCAUCGUGGACUACGUCUAUGUUGUCAAUGUCAACAAAUCAAAAGAUGACGGGGUCUUUCAGUAUCACACCGUGAUAAUUGACAGUGUCCUUCAGUCCGGUAAGGAUGACUUAAUCCUAAAUGGAAAUAUGCGUGAGAUGAUUCACAGAAAGAGUUGUGACAAUUUUAAAAUGAAGGAUAACGCCAAGUACUUGGUCAUGGGUAAAGAUGGAACCAUCUCUGAUGUGCAAGAUGCCAGUGGAAACUAUCAUUACGUCCUUAGCCAUGACAUGUGGAUCGAGGAGAUCCCAGAGGAGUCGCGAUGCAAGGCCACAAAGAACCGUAAAGCCUGCCAGCUCCUUCAAGACUUCCUGCUGCAGUACGAGUUGAACCAGUGUAGGGACUAAACUCGAGACACAUGAGGGCCUAACAAGCCUGCUAACUCCGCUAACAGGUCCCCAAAUGACACUGACGCUGCAACUCAAAUGCUAACUCAUUCCUUCAGCUCGCUAAAGGCUACCUUUGUGAUACAGCAAUACCAAUAUAGGCGGGAGUCAAUAAACAUGCUGCUUCAUUAA